CAAUAUGUAAAGAGCGUGCUUGUUCAUGACUUGGUGUAUUACACGUGUACCAAAGAAGAUAAAUUUUCAUAAUUCUUUGUGUAAAUAAUGUGAUAUAUUUUUAUUAAUAUAUAUGAUGAUGAUGCAUAAUAACAAAUAGUUCAAAUCAAAUAAUACUAUAAUUUUAUUGGGAACAAUUUUAAUAGAAUAUAUUAAUCGACUGUUAUUUUAUAAUAAAACAAUAUGGCUGGUCAACAACAUCCCUUCUUAUCUGGGUUUCCUAACGUACAACAAACUGCUAUGCGUACACAGUUUGGUGGCGGACAAAUGGUUUCUGGUUUAAUGGGGCCACAGCAAGGAAACAUGGUAAACUCUCAACAAUUUGGCAUGGGAGUGGGAGUAGGUGUCGGUAAUGUUGGAUCUAAUACCAUGGGAAUGCCAAACUCUCAACAAGUCUUGGCGCAACAACAGCAACAACAGCAGACAAUUGCGAUGCAACAACAAAUGCAACAGAUGCAGCACCAACAAUUGCAACUGCAACAGCAGCAACAGGCUGCGAUGGUUCAACAGAAUAAUCAGAGUAACAAUCAAGCCACAACGCCGCAAACUCCAGUCCCACCUACCCAGCCACCACCACAACAACAACAACAACAAAAUAAGGAAUUUAAUACCGCCAGUCUGUGUAAAUUAGGACAAGAGACUGUGCAGGAAAUUGUUAAUCGUACUUUAGAGCUCUUCCAAACUCUCAAAGUUCUCCAGCCACCCAAUGGUACAGCACAAGGGGCAAACAUGGCAAAUGAGAAGAAAAGUAAGGUCUACGACCAAUUGAGAAUGAUAAAAAUGAUGUAUAAACGUUUGAGACUGAUCUAUGAAAAAUGCAAUGAGAAUUGUCAACUGCAAGGCAUGGAAUAUACGCAUAUAGAAAGCUUAAUUCCAUUGAAAGAAGAAUGGGAUAUGAAAUCUGAUGAAAAGAAAACUUCGGAAUCUUACAGACUUGCUUGUGAAGAGCAUAAGGACAUUAUGGAGCAAGUGAUAGGGAAAAAUAGGCACAUUAAAGAAAUAAUUGACCACUUAAGACGUAUUAUUUCGGAAAUAAACACAAUGCUACAUAUGCGUCGAUCUUAGGCAACCAAAUGUAAAAAAUGAUCUGUAAACUAUUUUGAGUAUCCAAAAGUGUAAUAAAUAACUUUUUUUGUACAGUAUAAGGUA